AUGACGAUGGCUCAGAGAGGGACAGUGACUUGCCUGGAGCUACCCAGCAGCCUCUGUCAUACUCAGUCCCUCAUGAUUUCGUUGGUUCCUCAGGCACCCGCUCCGUGGCCAACAGCACACCGGGGAGCCCAGACGGACACUGCCAUGGAAGCCAACCUGGGGGCCGCUGGCCACGGGCCCCGCACGGAGCUGGACGACGAAGACUACUACCCCCAGGGUGGCUGGGACACGGUCUUCCUGGUGGCCCUUCUGCUCCUGGGGCUGCCGGCCAACGGGCUCGUGGCCUGGCUGGCUGGUUCGCAGGCCCGGCAGGGAGCGGGCACGCGGCUCGCCCUGCUGCUGCUCAGCCUGGCCCUGUCUGAUUUUCUGUUCCUGGCGGCAGCGGCCUUCCAGAUCCUGGAGAUCCAGCAGGGAGGGCGCUGGCCGCUGGGGACGGCCGCCUGCCGCUUCUAUUACUUCCUGUGGGGCGUGUCCCACUCCUCCGGCCUCUUCCUGCUGGCGGCCCUCAGCAUGGACCGCUGCCUGCUGGCUCUGUGCCCACGCUGGUACCCCGGGCACCGCCCGGCCCGCCUGCCCCUCUGGGUCUGCGCCGGGGUCUGGGUGCUGGCCACGCUCUUCAGCGUGCCCUGGCUGGUCUUCCCCGAGGCCGCCGUCUGGUGGUACGACCUGGUCAUCUGCCUGGACUUCUGGGACAGCGAGGAGCUGCCGCUGAGGAUGCUCGAGGUCCUGGGGGGCUCCCUGCCUUUCCUCCAGCUUCUCGUCUGCCACGUGCUCACGCAGGCUGCCGCCUGCGGGGCCUGCCGCCGCCACGGGCCGGGGCCCACGGCCUGCCGCGGCUUCGCCCGUGUGGCCAAGGCCGUCUUGUCAGCCUACGUGGUCCUGCGGCUGCCCUACCACCUGGCGCAGCUGCUGUACUUGGCCUUCCUGUGGGACCUCUACCCCGGCUACCUGCUCUGGGAAGCCCUGGUCUACACCGACUACCUGAUCCUGCUCGACAGCUGCCUCAGGCCCUUCCUCUGCCUCCUGGCCAGCGCCGACCCCCGGGCCCUGGUGCGCGCCCUGCUCUCCCCCUUCGCCGCCGCUCUCUGCGAGGAACGGCCCGGCAGCUUCACGCCGGCCGAGCCGCAGCCCCAAGUGGACUCCGGGAGUCAGACUCUUCCCGGGCCCCUGGCCGGGGUCCAGCCCGAGGUGCGCCCCGCGGCCCAGCCGCAGCCGGAUGCUGUGUCCCAGCCCCAGGGGACCCCCACAGCAGAGCCACGGCGGGAUUCGGUGGCCGGGCCACAGGCAGACCCCACAGUGCAGCCUCGGGCGGAUUCGGUGGCCCGGCCACGGGCGGAUCUUGUGAUCCAGCCUCAGCUGAACGCCCCAGUUCAGCCCCAGGCGAACCGCGAGUCUCAGCCCCAUGUAGACUUCGUGGCCCAGCCACAAGCAAGCCCUAAGGCCCAGACCCCUGGACCUGCGUCCAGCCCAGCUCUCGGCCCCCGUGAUGAAGCCUCUUCGGGCCCCUCCACAGAGCCCGCCCCAGAAGCCCCCGAGGCCCCCGCCGUGCCCGCCGACUCUGAGGGAGAAGGUCCCAGCAGGACCCCCCCAGAGGAGGCCCCUGGAGCAGGCCCCACGUGA